UCUGGAGACGGAACCAAAAGUUUAGUUCGUAAUUUGCACGGGUUUUCUGCGGUAAAUGCCCAGCAGUGAUUGAACUGCAGCUGCAGGAUAUUUUAAGACGUCUCUGCGGUUUCCAUUUUAUUUAAUUGUUAUUUUUAAGUCUUUGCCAGAGAAUCAAAACUUUCUUUUCUCGUUUUUGCAUGAGGCGUCAGUUUCCUGUAACCAAAUUCCGCACAUGAAGCGCGUCGAGGGGGGGAGUUUGGCACACUUUUACGCGCUGUAUCCGCUACAUCUUGCGCGCAUCGCCGAGCAGAGCUUACGCUGAAAGAAGUGCGACCAAGAACAAAGGGUUGGAUUGAUAACAAAUGUUAUUAAACAGCUUCUAACGCAAAUCAAGCUGUGCUUUAACGUCAGGAACACCACGUCACUCAGUUCAAGAACUCCCACUAUUUCCUUCCACUUGGAUCAUCAUCCACCCUACAGUUUAGAGAGAAAUCUGUAUACAGAUUUAGGCUGAAAACGGCUUAAUCAUGAUGACCGGAUUUCGAAUCAACUUGUCGCCCCUGAAGGAACCCCUAGGCUUCGUUAAACUGGUAGAAUGGCUCACAGCCAUAUUCGCAUUCGGAAGCUGUGGUGGAUUCUCGGGUAGAAACAUCAUAUCUCUCUUCUGUGGUAAUGGCAUGAAUGAAACCCUCAACGCCAACUUUCACUACCCAUUUAGGCUGAGCCAGGUCCCACUUGUUGAUGGAAACACCACUAUUUGCAAUCACUCUGUCACUACCACGCACAUGAUGGGAGACUCGGCAUCCGCCGCAGAGUUCUUCGUCGGCAUCGGGAUCGUAUGCUUCUUGUAUAGCAUGGUAGCUCUGUUGGUUUACUUAGGCUACAUGCAUGUCUACAAGGACUCUGACUUCGGACCCAUAUUUGACUUUGUCAUCACAGUAAUCUUGGUCUUCAUGUGGUUAGUGUGCUCAUCUGCCUGGGCAAAGGGCCUGCAGAAUGUGAAGGACGCCACAGAUACUGAAGGAAUCGGUGCCUCGCUGGCUCUUUGCAAGGGAGGCAACAUCACCUGUGAGGUCACGAACUUUGCCAACAUGCGGACGCUCAAUAUCUCUGUGGUGUUUGGCUAUCUCAACAUGUUCAUUUGGGCUGGCAAUGCCUGGUUUGUUUACAAGGAGACUCGCUGGCACUCCCAGAAAUUCUCCUCCCAACCUGGGCCUGGAAGGCAACAGGUCCCUGCACCAAUCUAACACCAGGGCCGACUUGUUACCACGCGCAAACAUGCAUACUACACGGAAAGGAAUUCAAACCGUCACAUAAAUACAUACAUAAAUACAUGUUUAAAUUUUGAGGUUUUAUACAUAUAUAUGAAAUGUUUUUGACGGAGAAAAUAAAGGCGAGAAUGUUAGAAUUUAUCAGUCCGCUUUUGCUUGUGCUAACAGUGCACAGAGCUGUACUGGCCUUUUGCAACCUAAAUGACUUGACAUAAUUUUACUCCUUGCAUACUGACGGUUAUGAAAGAAUAAAAUCCUACUCUGCAUAUAUUUCUUUGGAGAGCUUAGCAACAAUGAACUUGAACAACAAAGCCGAAUGUGUCUUUAAUAUGCAUGUCAAACAUUUUAACCAUUUGAGUGAGCUUAACAACCUUAUUCUGGCCCUGGGCCCCAGAUAUUCUCACACAUUGUGACCAAAUGUGUUAUAUAAAGCCCCCGAAUACAUUUAUUGGCAUCGUUAUACAGUUACAAGACCGGAUGGCUACCUAUUUUCAUUUUCCUAGCAGACACCAACAGAUUCUUAUUUUAAAUGUCCUGGUAAUUGAAAUAGUUCAUGAUCAAAUGCUCUUCAACAAGGGCCACAAACCCACAGCACCAGAGCCUCUACCAUUCCUAAUAGUGGACAUGAGUUGCUUUCCCACAUAUUCAUCCUUUUUGUCCACAAUAGCCCCACCAGGGCAGAAAAGCUCAAUCUUAUUCUCACCAGUAAAAGUCAAGAUGGAGGAGCCACAUGUUUCCAGUCCCUUUGGACAAGAAACCGGCCCACAGCAUCAGAGAUCCUACGCCAUACUUAAAAGUGCUUAAAGGUGCUUUCCAUAAAUUCAUUCUUCGUUUCAUGUUUACCUUCCUUACCAUUUUCCUUACCUCACAUGAUUAACUUGUGAGCUCAUCCAGCCUUGUCUGCAUCGGGUAAGAAAAAUGGAUCUUUGAGGCAGAUCAUCUUUUUGCCCCAUGGAAACAAAAAGCACAGUCAUGAAUUACUAAUUUAAAGCUCUUAGACGCUUUGUUCGACUAAUAAAAAUUAAACAGUAAUCUAGAAAAUGCUACAACUAACUUUAUAUUACAGGAAUUAAAGCGAUGCAAAUACGUUUUGUUACCUAGCAUUUAACGAACAAUUAUUUUGUCACUGAGUAAAUGUAGUCAAAUUAAAGGUUGGAUUGAAAAUAACCUGUAAAUAAAAGGCACAUUGUUUUUAAGGAGUUUUACACAUUUUUCUAUAGGGUGUCAAAAGGAGUGGUGCUGUGUGUCAUUUAGUGCUAUAUAAAUGCAUGUUAUUAGAUUUAAAAUUUAGACAUGAAUUCUGCUCUGUGUUAAAUUUAGGCAAUUCUGUUUUUUUUUUUUUUUGGUUUUUGUUUGUUUUUUGCUGAAUCAUGCAAGCAUUUAAUUUUAAUUGUCAAUUGUUUUCUUUCAUGUCGUUUCGAUUUUCUUUAAGUUUUUCUAUUUACCACCUAGUGGCAAGUGGUGGUAAGUGCAACUCCUGGUGAAACUGUCCAACUGACAAAAUCAUUAGAUUCAGUCGUAUUUUGGUUUGCUUUUAAGAUUCAGAAAAUACUGUGUGAAGUUGUUUAAAACUCAUAUAUCAGGAAUCCUGCUGCUCCCGUGGUAUUUAAUGUGGUUUUGCAAUUUUUAUAAGAACAUACCCAAGAAAACCAGAGAAGCUGAUAAUAAUCAUUGGACUACAACUGCAUUUAUACCAGCGAACCCAAGGAUCAUUCUCUCUUAGCACAAGAUGCUUUCCCCUACAUAGAGGACUUAAUGACAUAAUUACCUCUUUAGAAAGAUUGGUUUAGAACCAGCUCUUACCAGUAAAACCCAAAGGAUUAUUAAUGUUAUCUGUAUCA